GUUCAAUCAAUUCAGAACGUCGAGAUGGAGCCCAACUCACUCCAGUGGGUCGGCUCACCGUGUGGUUUGCACGGACCUUACAUUUUCUACAAGGCUUUUCAAUUCCACCUUGAAGGCAAACCAAGAAUUUUGUCCCUUGGCGACUUUUUCUUUGUAAGAUGUACGCCAAAGGAUCCGAUUUGCAUAGCGGAGCUCCAGCUGUUGUGGGAAGAAAGGACCAGCCGGCAACUUUUAUCCAGCUCUAAACUUUAUUUCCUCCCAGAAGACACACCCCAGGGCAGAAAUAGCGACCAUGGCGAGGAUGAAGUCAUUGCUGUUUCUGAAAAGGUGAUAGUGAAGCUUGAAGACCUGGUCAAGUGGGUCCAUUCUGAUUUCUCCAAGUGGAGAUGUGGCCUACGAGCUGGGCCAGUGAAAGCAGAGACAUUGGGAAGAAAUGGACAGCGAGAGGCUCUGCUGAAGUACAGGCAGUCCACCCUCAACAGCGGACUCAAUUUCAAAGAUGUUCUCAAGGAAAAGGCCGACCUUGGGGAGGACGAGGAAGAAACCAAUGUGAUCGUUCUCAGCUACCCUCAGUACUGCCGCUACCGCUCCAUGCUGAAGCGCAUUCAGGAUAAGCCAUCUUCCAUUCUAACCGACCAGUUCGCGCUAGCCCUGGGUGGCAUCGCAGUGGUCAGCAGGAACCCUCAGAUCCUGUACUGCCGGGACACCUUUGACCACCCCACUCUCAUAGAAAAUGAGAGUAUAUGUGAUGAAUUUGCGCCAAAUCUUAAAGGCAGACCACGCAAAAAGAAACCGUGCCCACAAAGAAGAGAUUCAUUCAGUGGAGCUAAGGAUUCCAACAAUAAUUCCGAUGGUAAAGCUGUUGCCAAGGUGAAAUGUGAGGCCAGGUCAGCCUUGACCAAGCCGAAGAAUAACCAUAAUAAUUGUAAAAAAGUCUCCAAUGAAGAAAAACCAAAGCUGGCCAUUGGUGAAGAGUGCAGGGCAGAUGAACAGGCCUUCUUGGUGGCACUUUAUAAGUACAUGAAAGAAAGGAAAACGCCAAUAGAACGAAUACCCUAUUUAGGUUUUAAACAGAUUAACCUUUGGACUAUGUUUCAAGCUGCUCAAAAACUGGGAGGAUAUGAAACAAUAACAGCCCGCCGUCAGUGGAAACAUAUUUAUGAUGAAUUAGGCGGUAAUCCUGGGAGCACCAGCGCCGCCACUUGCACCCGCAGACAUUAUGAAAGAUUAAUCCUGCCAUAUGAAAGGUUUAUUAAAGGAGAGGAAGAUAAGCCCUUGCCUCCAAUCAAACCUCGAAAACAGGAGAACAGUGCACAGGAAAAUGAAAAUAAAACAAAAGUAUCAGGAGCCAAGCGCAUCAAACAUGAAAUACCUAAGAGCAAAAAAGAAAAAGAGAAUGCCCCAAAGCCCCAGGAUGCAGCGGAGGUUUCAUCAGAGCAAGAGAAAGAACAAGAGACUUUAAACCAGAAAAGCGUCACAGAGCCUCUCCCGGCAGCUGACUUGAAGAAAAAAGUGGAAGGGUACCAGGAUUUUACAGCAAGGUCCCUGGCAUCCAGAACAGACCCAGAAAACGACAAUGAAACGGACCAAGGUUCCAACAGUGAGAAAGAGGCCGAGGAGGUGGGAGAGAAGGGACCGGCAGCUCCGCUCCCGAGCACACCUGUGGCUCCUGAAAGGGAUCCGGUCCCAAUCCCUGGGGCUGGCAAACAGUCCCUCACCUCUCCUAAUGUCCUGGUGGACUCAAAGCAAGAAUCCAAACCCUGCUGUUUUACAGAGAGCCCUGACAGUGACCUCCAAGAAGCAUCUUUUGCCAGCUUCCCCCCUACUCAGCCACCACUGGCAAACCAGAAUGACAUCGAGGAUGACAAACUACCCGCCAUGGCUGAUUACAUCGCCAACUGCACUGUGAAGGUGGACCAGCUGGGCAGUGACGACAUCCACAAUGCACUAAAGCAGACCCCCAAGGUCCUUGUGGUCCAGUCAUUUGACAUGUUCAAGGACAAAGACCUGACUGGACCCAUGAAUGAGAACCAUGGACUUAAUUACACACCCCUGCUCUACUCUAGGGGCAACCCGGGCAUCAUGUCCCCACUGGCCAAGAAAAAGCUUUUGUCCCAAGUGAGUGGGGCCAGCCUCUCCAGCAGCUACCCCUAUGGCUCCCCACCCCCUUUGAUCAGCAAAAAGAAAUUGAUAGCCAGGGAUGAUUUGUGUUCUGGUUUGUCCCAGGCCCACCACAGUCAGAGUGCCGACCACAUGGCGGUCAGCCGGCCAUCAGUGAUUCAGCACGUCCAGAGUUUCAAAAGCAAGCCCUCGGAGGACAGAAAGAGCAUCAAUGACAUUUUUAAGCAUGACAAGCUGAGUCGAUCAGAUGCCCACCGCUGCAGCUUCUCCAAGCAUCACCUUAACUCCUUGGCUGACUCCUAUGUCCUGAAGCAAGAAAUUCAGGAGGGCAAGGAUAAACUCUUAGAGAAAAGGGCACUCUCCCAUUCCCACAUGCCCAGCUUCCUGGCAGAUUUCUACUCAUCCCCACAUCUCCAUAGCCUCUAUCGACACACCGAACACCAUCUUCAUAAUGAACAGACAUCCAAGUAUCCUUCUAGAGACAUGUACAGGGAAUCGGAAAACAGUUCUUUCCCUUCCCACAAACAUCAAGAAAAGCUCCAUGUAAAUUAUCUCGCAUCUUUGCAUCUGCAAGACAAAAAGUUGGCCUCAGAAAAGUUGGCCACAGAAGCCCCUACGGAUGAUCAACCAACGGAUCUGAGCCUUCCCAAGAACCCACAUAAACCAACCGGCAAGGUCCUGGGCCUAGCCCACUCAGCCACAGGGCCCCAGGAGAACAAAGGAAUCUCCCAGUUCCAGGUCGUCAGCAGCCAGAGUCGAGACUGCCACCCCAAAGCCUGUCGGGUAUCGCCCAUGACCAUGUCGGCCCCUAAAAAGUACCCAGAGUCACUUUCGAGAUCGGGGAAACCUCACCACGUGAGACUGGAGAAUUUCAGAAAGAUGGAAGGCAUGGUCCAUCCUAUCCUGCACCGGAAAAUGAGCCCCCAGAACAUUGGUGCAGCACGUCCCAUAAAGCGCAGCCUGGAGGAUUUGGACCUUGUGAUUGCUGGGAAAAAGGCCCGGGCAGUGUCUCCCCUGGACCCGUCCAAGGAGGUCUCUGGGAAAGAGAAGGCCUCUGAGCAGGAGAGUGAAGGAGGCAAGGCAGCCUAUGGUAGUGGUGGGCAUUCCGGGGGCGGAUCUGAGGGCCACAAGCUUCCCCUCUCCUCCCCUAUCUUCCCAGGUUUGUAUUCUGGGAGCCUGUGUAACUCGGGCCUCAACUCCAGGCUCCCAGCUGGGUAUUCUCAUUCUCUGCAGUACUUGAAAAACCAAACUGUGCUUUCUCCACUCAUGCAGCCCUUGGCUUUCCACUCGCUGGUGAUGCAGAGGGGAAUUUUUACAUCACCAACAAAUUCUCAGCAGCUGUACAGACACUUGGCUGCGGCCACACCUGUAGGAAGUUCGUACGGGGACCUUUUGCACAACAGCAUUUACCCUUUAGCUGCUAUAAAUCCUCAAGCUGCCUUUCCAUCUUCCCAGCUUUCGUCCGUACACCCCAGUACAAAACUGUAAGCCCGGCUCUGCCUAGCAUCCCCAAAUGGCGUGGCUAUCAGAGGUUCACUUCCUACCCAGGGGUGAUGGCUUAUAGAGUUAGAAGUCAGUAUUCCUUCUAAUACGGGGGUACAAUUCGUCCCAGCCAUAGAGGCCGAGAGGGAGGUGAACAGGCCUGAUUUUUCUGGGACAACCCCAGCCUUGGCUGGUCGGUCUUGAUACCCUUGCAAUGCGCAUGCCCCCGGCGUCUCCAGAUCAUUCACUUUGCUGAUGGGUCUUGUGAAGGGAUUGAUGUAUAUCCAGGAAGAACUUAGAGGACCCCAUCUGAGUUUGGAUGGUUGGGAAACAAUCUGGGCAAAAAUGAGGGCAGUCUUUUCAAAGAAAGGGGCAAGAGAGACUGGCACACAUAGCCAAGGAAUGCCCCUUUUUUUCAAAAAAAACUCUCCAACGUUCAAUCAAUGCAAUGUAUAGUGAAACUUCAGUAGAUCUUUCAUUUUGACACUAUUAAACAAUCCAGAGAAGUAAACACUGUUAAAUUGACUGUAUAUAUUUGCUUCUUAAAACUACCCGUAUCACUGUUUGCUCACCUAAUUUAUAUACAGGUAGUUCCAUUUUCUCCCAGUUCCUUCUUGUCCCUAUAUAUAUAUAUAUAUAUAUUUUAAUUAAACAGUUUUGCUUUUGUUUGCAGGUCUUUUGUUUUUUCGUUUUUGUUUUAAGGCUGACUGACUGUCCUUGUUGUUAAUGUGUGUUUGUAAUUUUUCCACAUCUUAUCAUUUUGAGCAGCUUUGGGUGGUAAAGUUAUUGUUUACAUAUUGAAGCAACUGAUUCUAGUGGAACAAAUGAAAAAAGACCCAGUCGAGCACACCACAGUGCAGAGAACGUUCCUUUGCAGAUCCACAACUUACGGAGUUUGUUCCUCAUAAAUGGCAUAGUUGAAAGAGCUUAUACACUGCUUGCCUGGCCAAAUGCUUUGCUUUGAAGUAUUGGGUGAUGUGAAAAUAUUGAGCAUUGUACUUACCUUAUCUAGGCUGUGAAACUGUCCUACAUACCAGAGGAAUAAUAAAAAACAAAAAAACCUCACUGGCAGCAAGCUGCUGAAUAACAACAGAAUCUAGAGGACAUAUUUGUGGGCUGCACAGAUAUUUUAGGAAUUUCAAAAAUUAAAACAGAAGCCAGAAUGACUUAUAUUGGUGUUGGCACUGCUCCCUUUAAAGGGUCUGGGAAAGGGGGUUGGGGAGAGGGUGGAGCUUGAGCCUUCAGCAGAGGAGCAGCAGAAGCCCUGGCCGCCACACGGCUUCCCUGGGCCUUGGCCCCUGGAGUGGUAGCAACUCACACUGCUUUUCAUCAGUUGGUUUCUUGUCAUCCCCAAGAAGAUUCUCCCAGGGUCUAUCUUUGAGGAUAUUUGCCAUGCUGGAUUACCUGUUUCAAAAGAAAGUCAUCCUCUUUGGAUGGAUGGGAUGUGAGUUUUGUGUGCUUGUGCACACUUAACAUGCUCUGUGCCAUGUUUUUAACUGCCUGGCAAUACCGGUCCACUUGAUCCUUUCUUUUAUUGUUGGAAAUUAGUGGUUGAGCUGUUCAAGCAGUCAAAAGGUGUGGAGAAUGCCUCUUGUCAUUCUGGCCACUUUGUUCCAUUGGCUCCUGAGAUACAACAUCAAGGUGGAUGCAUUUUCGCAGUGUGUGAAGAGUUGGUCGGUAGAGAGUGGAUCUUCUUUCCCAUUCCCAUCCAGCCCUGUUGCAGACUGCUUUGAUGAACCCCCAGCCCACUGUCCCCUGCCCCCAACACUACCGGUAGACUUUAGGACCAUAGUUAACCAAGUCUUUACCUCUGAGAUAUUUUAAGUCUAUGAAAAUUGAUGACAAUUUUUGACUUCUAAAUAGGUAACUCGACUGCAAAAUAAUCAAAACUGAUAACAAUGAAACUACGGCUCUUACACAAAGCCAUGCAUGCCGUGCAUCUGUAUUGAAAUGUCUCCAUGAUAUGAAGCCAAAUAUUCCAUGUAACAUACUUAAUAUCCAAAGGUGGAAACAAAAGAAUGUAGAGAUCCAGUGUUAAGAGUUCCAUUUGCUUCAAUUAAUUAUUUACCUUCCUGUGGAAUAAUAUAUAUAUAUAUAUUUAAUAGAACCAUAGGUAGACUAGUAGAAUUUAGAUUAUAAAUGUGUGAGUGCAGAUUAUCCUGCUAUUGCACAAGAAUAAGGGGGAAAGAAUCUUAAUUUCAGCUGGCAAAAUGCUGGCCAGGACACAUAUAAGAAAGUUGCACUAGAUUGAAUGGUCACAGAAUCAAGGACAUGGAAGGAAAUGAAACUCUGAUGAUUCUGCAGCAGACGUGGGCUAGACUGUACAUGGUUUCUGUGAGUUUGUUUCUCAAAGAAAAUGGGGGCCAUCUGUCCCCAGUAGAGCUCACCUGUCCAUUUGGAAUAUGGGGCAUUUGUUUUCCCCACUGCGAUGAUUUCAGUCUGGUUUCAUCCUGUUGGAAUUUGAUCACACCAUUUUCAAACAAUGUUAACAUAGUCCAGCUUUUGUUUUUCUCAUCUCUUCCGAGAGGAGACUCACUGUUUCUGUCUGAGGAAGCUCAUACCCUCGGCAAAACAUCAGGACAAAUAUAGAGAUGGGGGUAUACAUUCCCAACAGAAGCUGAGUGUUAUUUGUUUUAAAACUCCGAACAGAGAUCUUGGAAAUCUUUCAGGAAGACCAUUGAAUUCUUCACUGGCUGAGAACUACGUUUUAAAAAGUCUUAAAUAGGGCUUUGUUUGCAUUGUUUGAGUUCAAGGGGCCUUAUUAUUGAAUGGAAUUGCACAAGUCUUUCUUUGUGCAAUCAAACCAUUGUUAUUGGUAGUUCUGUAAAGGAAACUGUGGAAUCUAAUUGGUAAUGGAGUUAUAAAUCUAUUUACUGAGUGUGGCUUCCAAGAAAUGUUGCAAUUCAAAAUGCACUAAGCCUGUGAUUUAUUGGAGAUUUGAAGAUUCCAAAUAAUAUUUUUUAAAAAACCUUUCCAUCUAACUUCUGGUCUAACUUUUGGCAACUCAACAUUAAAAAAAAGAAAAAAAAAAAAAGCCCAGUCCAACUGAGUUUCAGAACUAAGUAUUCUCCUAAUAAGUGAUUCACACUUGUAAUAUUUGCCACAGGACUGACUUAUUUAUUUACUAGCUAGAAGCUCUUAAGUUCACUUGUUUAUCAGGGCAUAUACAGGAGGGUUUGUUAAAACUCAAUACUGACUUUACAACUUUCUGACCUGGUGCAUGAAUUCUCAAGUACUGUAUUUCACUGUGUUGGUGUGUCUGAUGGAAAUUUCAAGGUGGUCCCACAAAAAUAUUUUAUGUAGUGUGCCUUCAAAGAGAACCAUUUAUUUCUCUUCACUUGUUGUCCCACAAAGUCACAUUUGGUGGUGGUCAGCCAAGUCCCAUUUGGUCUAGUUUUACUCUUGUCCCGAUUUUAAAGAGAAAUGGGAACGAUUUCGCCCUGGUGAGACCCACACCCUUGCCGUGAUUACCUUGAGCACUUCAACUCCAGAGUGGGCUGUUGACGUAUUUGGUAUUCUGCUUGUCUCCCCAUGGUUGAAAUAUGUCUGAAGAAUAGCAGCAUAAUCUCUUGGCUGUUUAUACUUUUUUAAACUUUCCUGUGUUGUAAAUAUUGUAUACUUUUGGUGAUUCCAGCUACCCUCUAUGCUCUGUAAGGUGAUUAUUUGUAUAUAGCAAUGUGGCCCAGUGAUAUAUAGUUUCCCAAUGGAGAGGUUAUUGAGUAACCUUUGCAUUAGUUUAAACACUACCAGAAGAAUGCUGAGCCAACUAUAAACACUCAAUUUUGUAUGUUUUCCAAAUUGUACUUAUUACUGCUUUUGAUACUGUAUUACGUGCCAAUAGUUUCCCAAUCACAUAGCAGGCAAGAGAUAUUUUGUACUUUUUGAUCCACUGUAAUAUUUAAUAAAAAAUGUUACUAUCUGUUUCCUU